AUGGAUACAAGUUCACGUAUGAAUUUUGCAAACCUGGCUUUCGGGGACCUGAACAAGACUAAUCCUUGUAUCAAAUAUGUGGAUUCAUAUGGUACCUCAUCUACAACUGUCAGAAUUAUCAUCAUCUCAAACAUGUUGCCCCUUCAUGCACAGAAGGAUAAGGAAACAAAGGGCUUGAGCUUUAAUUACGAUGAAGAUUCGCCUCUAUGGAAACUAAAAGAUGGAUUUUCACCUGAUACAGUGGUUUUUUAUGUUGGUUCACUAAAUGCCGAUAUAGAUGUUAAUGAAGAGGAGGGGGUUGUUGAGAGACUGAUGGAUGAUUUCAACUGCAUUCACAUUUUUCUUGCGAAUGAACUCUUCUCUGAAUUCCAUCAUGGUUUCUGCAAGCACCAUCUAUGGCCUAUAUUCCAUUACAUGCUCCCAAUGUGCGAAAAGAAUGGUGACCAAUUUGAUCAGGGACUGUGGCAGGCUUAUAUCUCUGCAAAUAAAAUAUUAGCAGACAUAGUAUUAGAAGUGGCAAAUCCCGAGACUAAUUAUAUUUUGAUUCAUGACUAUCACCUCAUGGCGGUCCUUGUGUUCUUGAGAAAUAAGCGCUACAGGGCCAAACUCGGAUUCUUUCUCCAAAGUCCAUUCCUUGCAUCUGCAGAGAUCUAUCGAACACUUCCUGUAAGUGCAGACAUUCUGAGGAUUUUGUUGAACUGCGAUCUCAUCGGGUUUCAUACUUUCGAUUUUGCUCGCCACAUCCUCUCAUGUUGUAGUAGAAUGCUGGGACUGGACUAUGAGUCCAAACGAGGACAAAUUGGGCUAGAUUAUAAUGGUCGCACGGUAUAUAUCAAGAUUCUGCCUUUAGGAAUUCAUUUGGGAAAAGUUGAAAAUGUUCUGAAUAUUCCUUCUACAUCAGUGAAAGUCAAGGAAUUCGAAGGGAAGUUCAAGGGGAAGUUCAAGGGGAAGCAUGUAAUUGUUGGCGUAGACGACAUGAACUUAUUCAAGGCAAUUAUUCUGAAGUUAUUAGCAUUUGAACAACUAUUGAGGAAGUAUGAAAACUUGCGGGCUAUUAUGGUUCUUUUUCAAAUUAUCAAUCCUGAAAGAAGCUCAGGAGAAGACAUCGAGGAAGUGAGAAGGGAGACGUAUGGAACUGCUAACAGGAUUAAUCAGAUUUAUGGUUCUUGUGGUCAUCAACUAGUGAGUCUAAUUGAUCGACCAGUUGAUCAAUGUGUAAAGAACGCCUACUACGCUGCCUCGGAAUGUUGCAUAGUAAAUGCUGUCAGAGAUGGAAUGACUCUAGUCCCUCACAUGUAUGUCAUUUGCGGGCAGGGCUCUUCAACUGUGGAUGAAGCUAGCGGAAUUAUGUCUUAUUUUCCUCGAACAAGUGUGCUAAUUAUUUAUGAAUAUGUUGGAUUAUCUCCAUCUCUAAGUGGAGUAAUCAGAAUAAAUUUAUGGGAUAUUAGUUCCUUAGCUGAGGCUAUGCAUUCUGCGGUCACCAUGGAUAAUUCUUUAAGGCAAUUAAGACAUGAGCAGAACUAUAGUUACGUUCAGUCUCAUGAUGUGGCAUAUUGGGCUCGCAGUUUCCUGCAUAGCAUGGAGAGAGCAUGUCUUGAUCACUAUAAUUAUCAAUGUUGGGGUUUGGGCUUCAGUUUCACAUUCAAAGUUGUUGCCCUCUCCCUAGGUUUUCAAAAAUUAUUUUCUGAAAGCAUAGUUCUUGCAUAUAACAAGACAAAUAGGAGGGCUAUAGUUCCUCAUUCCUCAACCAAGAAAAACCUCAGUAGUGAACUUGUCACUGCUCUUAACACUAUGUGUGAUGAUCCUAAGAACAUUGUGUUUAUCGUUAGUGGUGUUAGUAUAAGUUCCUUAACUGAGUGGCUGGCUCCAUGUGAAGGUCUAGGACUAGCUGCUGAACACGGGUACUUCAUAAGGUGGAAGAAAACUUCUGAAUGGAAAUCCAUUUUGGUCGUGGAUCUCGAGUGGAAGGCAGCAGUGGAGCGUAUAAUGAAUCUGUAUACAGAAGCCACGUAUGAUUCCACCAUCGAAGUCAAAUAAAGUGCUUUUUGGCACCAUCAAGAUGCAGAUCAUGAUUUUGGAUCCUCUCAGGCAAAGGAAUUGUCGGAUCAUUUGAAACACAUCAUUGCUAACGAACCUGCAAUAGUUAGAAAGGGAAAAAAUAUUGUUGAGGUUAAACCACAGGAUGCAAGCAAAGGCUUGGUCACAGAAAAGGUAAUCGCGACAAUUGUUAGCAAUGGCGAGAUCCCUGAUUUCAUCCUCUGCAUUGGAGAUGACAGGUCAGAUGAAGACAUGUAUGACGGUACUUUGAAAACAGUCCCAGCAUAA